CAGAGAUCAGACCAGACGAGCACGAGACCCCCCGUGGGGAAAAACGCUCUGGAGAUCGCUCGAGCUUCCGUGCGGGAGUGUUCCUCCGUCAGGCGUCAGCGUACAGUACACAGAGAGAGAGAGAGAGAGGCAUCACGCGCUCUGACGCAGACUGCUCGCUCCACUCCCCACCGGCCCAUCCAUCCAUCCAUCCAUCCAUCGCCGCCGUCCGCCGGAGAUGCUCGGUCGGCUGGCCGCGCGGCGGCCCCGCCCAGGCAGCGCCCGCGCCGCAGCAGCCUACCGCUCCUCGGCCUCGGUCCUGCCCGACGCGCUCGACCGGAGCUCCGACGCCUACGCGCGCAACGCCGCCGCCGUCGGCGGCCUCCUCUCCGACCUGCGGUCCCGCGUCUCCCAGGUGCUGGGCGGCGGAGGCGCGGGGGCGGUGAAGCGGAACGAAGGGCGGGGCAAGCUGCUCCCCAGGGACCGCAUCGACCGCCUGCUCGACCCCGGGGCCUCCUUCCUCGAGCUCUCUCAGCUUGCAGGAUCUGAUGUUUAUGAGGAAGCAUUACCAUCAGCUGGAAUAAUUACUGGCAUAGGACCUGUUCAUGGACGACUAUGUAUGUUUGUGGCCAAUGACCCAACUACAAAGGGGGGUACAUACUAUCCUAUCACUGUCAAAAAGCAUCUGCGGGCGCAGGAAAUAGCUUCUGAAUGUAAAUUGCCGUGCAUAUAUCUUGUUGACAGUGGAGGUGCUAAUCUCCCAAAGCAGGCAGAAGUUUUUCCUGACCGUGAUAAUUUUGGUCGAAUAUUCUACAAUCAGGCUAAGAUGUCUGCAGAUGGUAUUCCUCAGAUUGCAGUAGUUUUAGGUUCUUGUACUGCUGGCGGGGCUUAUAUUCCUGCAAUGGCUGAUGAAAGUAUAAUAGUCAAGGGAAAUGGAACAAUAUUUCUAGCUGGUCCACCCCUUGUAAAGGCUGCUACAGGGGAGGAGAUAUCUGCUGAGGACCUUGGUGGAGCAUCAGUGCAUUGUAAAAUAUCAGGAGUCUCUGAUCAUUUUGCACAAGAUGAACGGCAUGGUCUUGCGCUGGGAAGGAACAUUGUGAAGAACCUCCAUUUGGCUGCUAAAGAAACAAAUAUACACAAUUCUGCUUGUGAUUACCAAGAACCAUUGUAUGAUGUACAGGAACUUCGCUCAAUUGCACCAGCUGAUACGAAGCAAUCUUUUGAUAUUCGCUCAAUAAUAGCUCGUAUAGUCGACGGAAGUGAAUUUGAUGAAUUCAAACAAUUGUAUGGAACAACACUAGUGACUGGUUUUGCAAGGAUAUGCGGGCAGCCAGUUGGAAUUAUUGGAAACAAUGGCAUUUUAUUUACCGAGUCAGCACUAAAGGGUACCCACUUCAUUGAGUUGUGUGCUCAACGCAAUAUUCCUUUGAUAUUCCUUCAAAAUAUUUCUGGAUUCAUGGUUGGGUCGAAAUCUGAAGCAAGUGGGAUUGCGAAAGCUGGAGCAAAAAUGGUUAUGGCAGUUUCCUGUUCAAAGGUUCCUAAAAUUACCAUAAUUGUUGGUGGGAGUUUUGGUGCUGGGAAUUAUGGAAUGUGUGGACGUGCAUACAGCCCGAAUUUUUUGUUCAUGUGGCCAACUGCUAGGAUAUCUGUUAUGGGUGGUAUUCAGGCAGCUGGCGUUCUUGCCCAAAUAGAGAAGAACAACAGGAAAAGGCAAGGAAUGGAGUGGACCAAGGAUGACGAAGAAGCCUUCAAAGCCAAAGUCGUCGAGGCUUAUGACAAGGAAGGAAGCCCGUAUUACUCGACCGCUAGGCUUUGGGACGACGGGAUCAUAGACCCUGCAGAUACUAGACGGGUUCUGAGCCUUUGCCUCUCUGCUUCGGCCAAGCCGGUUCCAGAAGACACGAAAUACGGCGUGUUCAGAAUGUAAAAUCAUGCAUGUAUAGUGCACAUCCCUGUAAAAUAAAACUCGCUUCGAUGCUUCCAAUAUAUGUGUUGAAAUGAAGCGCUUAUUCUAAGUUUGUUUCUCGGAAA